AUGUCUGCACUGAGCAAGCUGCUCAUGUCGGCCAUGAUGGUUCUAGUCUCAUGGCGUCUGUGCGUUGUUGGCGCGCCAGUAGGAUCGAGUAAGACGCGUAAUGCGUCGCCAACGAUUUCGAUCUCGCAGCCGCUGCACAUCGAGGAGCUCUCAACGGAAGAGUUGUUCAAAGCAGUGGUUGCGCACGAUGCGGUGGUGCUGUCGAACGCGCGAUCCGAAUCAAGCUCGUCGUCUGGUCGGCCUGUCGGCCUGAUGAGCUCGGCACCGCUCGUGCACGGACGCACUGAGCAGCUCAGCGAUGGAUGGUCUCUAUACAAGCUACCGUCUCUACUCGACUAUCCGAUCAGCUUGAGCCGCUCGCACCUGGUCUCGUUCGACACGACCAGACCAGCCGUGCAACUUCCGCUCGAUCCAAGAGACCUUCAUGCUUCGAUCAAGUCGUUCGCCUUUAAUCGAUUCUACAUUCGACUCAACCGGAAUCAUGCUGGCACGUAUUCGGAUCGCGCAAGCCAAGCGGGAUGGUUAGACAGGGUCCAGUACUCGACCAACAAGAAGACGGAACUGCAGAUGGCAAAGGAAGGUGUGAUGGCCAAGGCCAAGGCAUUCGAGUGGGCACAGAGGAUGGCAAAGGAGCAUCCAGGCUGGAUGAGUGAAGAGCAAGUGCAAAGUUCGUUGGACAAAACGUGGGCGCUGUGGUCCAGAGGAUUGGGCGAAGCAACGGGUUAUGCAUACAUCCCUGUCGACCUGGUCAAAUCCAAGAUGCUCCGUCGACAACUCAGAGCCUAG